AUGGCGCUGCUGCGGGUGAGACUGAAAGUUUUGGUGACUGUGACGAUGGUCAACGUCUUCCUCUUCCUCCUCAUUGCAAGACACAGUGGACGAGACAAGGGCUACCUGGAUAAAGUGCGGAUACCCUCCAAGCCCUUCUGGAACAAGAUAACACCCAGUUCAGGCUACUGGAACCGCCAGCAGCAGGUUCUGGACUUCCAAAACAACCCUUUUUUUGCCAAUCACACUGUCGGUGACUUGCCCGAUUGGCUCAACGUAACCCACGUGUCUUUUAAUGCCUGCCGGAUUGACACCAGGGUAACCGCUCAGGUGAAAGACUACAGUUCCCUACCCUUGCGAUUCAAAGACUUCCUACUCUACAUGCACUGCCGUUAUUACCCGAUCCUGGUAGACCAACCAGACAUCUGCCGAGAUCCGCCUUUCCUACUGCUCGCCGUCAAGUCGGUGGCAUCUCAUUUCGACAGGCGCCAGGCCAUCCGCCAGACGUGGGGCCAGGCGGGCCUUGUCGCCAACCGGACCGUGGUGACCAUCUUCCUCCUGGGUAAGACCUCGACGAGUGAUCACCAUCCGGAUCUCUCGGCGAUGCUGAGCUACGAGAGCGAGCGGCACAGGGACAUUAUCCAGUGGGACUACCGGGACUCCUUCUUUAACCUGACUGUCAAGGAGGUCCUUUUCCUGGACUGGAUCCAGACGCGUUGCCCCGGCGCCAGCUUCAUCUUCAAAGGCGACGAUGACGUCUUCGUCAACACUUUUGCUAUCCUGAAAUUCCUGGCCGGGCUGUCGCCGACCAAAGCCGACGAGCUCUUUGUGGGCGACGUCAUUACCAAUGCGGGGCCGCACCGGGACAAGAAGGUCAAGUACUUCAUCCCUGAGAGCGUGUUCAUUGGCUCAUACCCGCCGUACGCCGGCGGCGGCGGCUACCUGUUCUCGGCCAGCGUGGCCGCCCGUCUUCAUGUCGCUUCGCGCCGGGUGGUGCUUUACCCAAUCGAUGACGUCUAUACAGGCAUGUGUCUGUUGAAGGCGGGGCUGGGCCCCGAGAUGCACAAGGGCUUCAAGACUUUUAACAUUGAGGAGAAGUACCGUUCCAACCCAUGCGUCUACAAAGGUCUGAUUCUGGUUCACCCGCGAACACCGCAGGAGAUGAUCCAGAUUUGGUCUUGGCUUAACCAGCCAGACCUCAACUGUCAGUAG